UCCUCGUGCCCCAUCAUGUGCUCAACCGUGACCCACCGGUCGGGCAAAAUGGGUUUUUCGAAGGCACUAUAACCGACUCUAUAAAUAUUAAAAAAAUUAACUUUUUUGACGCGCACAAAAUAGUAUUUAAUUCUUUGGCCCGUUCACUUCAAAAUUCCAGUUUUAGAUUUUUUGUUAGUGCAAUAUAAAAAUUAAAAAAUGUUCACAAAGUUAGGGUGCCCGUCUUGCCCCACCUUCCCCUAUGCUGCUUAAACCGUAAACAAUCUAGUGCUUUUUUAAAGCAUGUAUGGAUAAUAUAACCUUCUUGAACUCUAUGUGUCGAAACAAAGGUCUUGUCUAUAAUACUGAUUUGUACAACGGAGUAGAAAAAACAAAUUAACUAUAUUGAACUAGUACAUUAGUUGAUAAUAUACAACACUAUUUUCUUUCCUCCAAAAUUAGCAAACAGUAUAGUACUUAUUCGUAGGUACAAGCGGAUAGUCAACGCUCCAGCUAUACUUGUAAUACUAUAGUUAUAUCUAGGGUUCUAGGGUUGUAUAUGAAAAUGAAACCGUUACCGCGUCUCGGUCCGCUUUGUCGCCAUGACGUCAUGAUACGUAUAGGUCGUGCAUGCUUACAUACGUAUAUACCUUAUAGGUACACGAUACAUGACAUCACGAUUUACGCCGGCACAGCUUCAUUCGUUUUUUGCGAUAUGAUAAUCAGCAAGUUUUUAAAAAUUGAUGGUUUUUUAUACAUUUCUUUUCAAUUACGUAUAAUGCUACGUGCAACAUUUGAAUUUGUCAAUGAACUAGAAGAGAUAUAGACCACGUGCAGACGGAUUAUUUUUUGACUUAUUUUUAAUUUACGCUUUGAAGUUACUAGCUUCGAUUUCAAUUCGCGAACGGCUAUCUUAUCCUUUGACAUAUUUAAGGAUUUUAAAACAAAGGGCUCAUCAGGAAAUGAGAAUUAUAUCUCGUAGUAGACUGAUUACUAAGUAACUCUAUGUGAGAUACAGUGUGAGAAGGUAUGUGAUAAAUAAUUUUAUAUUUAUAUGAAUGUAUAUGACAUGACGGAUACUGGCAUUGUUAUAAUUUUUACAGAUCAAGGAAAGUAAUUGCUCCAGGUGACAAAAGAGAUUUGCUUCACAUGGAAAGAGAUUUAUAACAAUGUGCUCUGUAAACUGGGCAAAAGAUGAAAGCGACAUUUCGCACGUUCAGGUUCGAUUCACUGCAGAUAGAACUAUUCAUGUAGUUCCAAUUAACCACAUCAUUGAAUUCAAAAAGAAUCAUCCAAAGCACAUUAAUGAAUUCGAUAAGGAUGUCCUAUAUAACUGCUUAUGGGUGGACGACAAAAAUCCAGAUGGGGUUGUUCUGUUUGUGCAAAUAGCAAAAAUAGCUGCUCUUCAAAAUGAAGAAGAAUAUCAAAAGUUACUUGUAUCAAGGGAAAGAGGUCUAAGACCUAUAACUAACAGUUUGCUGGACGAGUAUUCGAUGUUAAACAAGUCAGAUACUGAAGAAGGUAUUGAAAGCGAAGAAGACUAUUUACCUGAAGAUAAUGACGAUAAUGAUGCUGUAAAAGUAGCAAAGAAAAUUCAAAAUUCAAAAGCUGCUAAAAAAAUCAGCAGAGAAUUAAAGAAGUACAUUUUGUACUGUGGAGUCAAAUCCAAGAUUUAA